CUCCGAUUUGAUCAUCAUUGCACUUUUGAUCCACGUUGCACCAUGACAAACAUUCGUCAAGCCAGGAAGCUCCGGUCGGGGUUGUCGAAGAACAGGCCUAAGAGGGGAAACAUCCUCAAGAGCGGCAAGAAGAAGGUCAACGUGUUGGGAAAUGCUAUCAUCGCCGAAAACUGGGAUCGCAAGUUGACUCUCACGCAAAACUAUCGUCGCCUCGGUCUUACUCACCGUCUGAACGCCCCCGCCGGUGGCGCCGAGAAACGCCCCAACAAGGACGGCGGUAUCGACGUCGCCCCCGAAAACUCGUUACACAUCAAGGGCAGCUCGGAAGCGACAGCGAAGCAACUGGGACUGGGAGAAGUCGAGGUGGAACGCGAUCCAGAGACCGGCAACAUUAUCCGAGUGGUUAGCAAGAAACGAGACAACCCGCUCAACGACCCCUUGAACGACCUGUCCGACAACGAGCAGGACGCCUACGGGGCUCCGAAGACGGACAUUGUCAAGCAACUUGAGCGGCAAGCAGCGCAGGAGGGAGAAGAUGUCAAGACCAAGAAGCCGCGCCACCAGAGCUCGCGGGAGGCGGAAUGGAUCCAGAGACUUGUCGAUCGACACGGCGACGACAUUGCUGCCAUGUUCCGCGAUCGCAAGCUGAAUCCUAUGCAACAGAGCGAGGGUGACAUCAGGCGGCGCAUUAAAAAGUGGAAGAAGAGCCAGGAGUGAUGGGUGAUACCGAUAUGCAUUGUGCAAGGGCGAAUUCGGCGUUAUAUGGUUCAUUUUUGGCUAAAAGUCUUGUAUCUAUUCCCUUCCACUAGCUGUCUCUGAUUAUUCUUCAGCUUGAUGGAUCAGAUUACUUAUGAUAGAUCUGACGUGCAAUUGAAUAGUAAUCUGCACAUAAGAAUUCACGGUAGCAGGU